AGCAACAUACUUCUCACUGUCCGUCUCUCUCUUGUUGGCAAAUCUCAUUCAGCUUCAGAAAGUAGAAUCCUAUACUAGGGCUUCAGCUUCUGUAUCAGCACUCGGAAUUGAAGUUGAAAAAAUGGCCGACGAAGCAAAUAGAGCGGCUUUUAUUGAAAUUCAAGGUCGCAUGAUUGAGACUACCGGGAAAUUGAAGCAGGUUCAAACGCAGAUGCGAACUAAAGAAACAGAAAAGAAGCGCGCUUUUUUGACAUUGGAGGAACUGAAGCAGCUCUCUGAUGAUACUAAUACAUACAAAGCCAUAGGAAGAACGUUUAUCUUAGAGCCAAAGACUGUGUUAAUGGAUGAGCAAGAGCAAAAACUCAAGGAUAGUGAAACCGCAAUUGCAUCUUUGCAGACUUCUAAAGAGUAUCUGGAAAAGCAUCUGGCGGAGGUGGAGAAUAACCUUAGAGAGCUCUUACAACAGGAUCCUGGUCUUGCUCGUCAGAUUAUGACUAUGUCUGUAGCAUAGAUUUUGUGCUUCUGAGGUUCCUUUCUUACUCUUUCCUUGAAAAAAAAAGGAGUUUCUCAAAACUCUAUUGGGACUUGCAAUUCUAGGUAAUGAAAAAACGUUGCGUACUGGCUGUAUGAGGAACUUAUCCACCGAUUUCGGCCGCUUCAACUGUUGCUGCUGGGGUAGUCGUAAAGCUUACUUCUAUUGGACCUGGAGUUAGUCGAGAGACUGCUUUAGGUCAAGUUGUAAUUCAUGAGAUAUGUUGUGUAUUAGCUAGCUUUACAAUUUUGUACACCUGAAAUAAGUAAGCUAGAUUGAGAAAGAAAUGUCUAAACAUUGAUUGCAAGGAGAAAAGGGCUUGGAUUUGCAGAAAAAUUAGGGCACAGGUUUUGAAUUAUAUUCUGAAUACUGACUCAGACCUACUGCAGUACAAAAUAUUGGUGUCCUUGUUGCUAUGUCCCUAUUUUUUUGGGUAA